CCGUGACCGGGCCCGGUAGUGUGCAAACCCGCCCCGGGACACCCGGUGCAAUCGCUGACCGAGCGGCGGCGGAGUCAUGAGUCGCUUUAAGGCGUCGAAGUACAAGAAUGCGACGCCGCGACUGCCGGCCCGAGGGGAGUGGAUCAAUGGAAUUCGAGCAGGCUCUGCUGUCUCCUGUGGGAAUCACAUUAAAUCGAGCUGUGUCUUCAUCGCUUUCAGUGCCAACAGCCCAGGUGGUGGGACUCUUGGAAUUUUACCGCUGGAGAAUGGAUCCCGGGAUAAGUGGCAGGUCUCAGAACUUCCUUGUCAUGCAGAUCUGCUGACUGAUUUUGAUUUCUCUCCGUUUGAUGAUGCGUUGCUGGCAACAUGUUCCGCAGAUAUGACGGUGAAGCUGUGGCGAAUACCGGAUUCUGUCAAGCUGAUCUCGGGUGCACAGAACAUCACGCUGGGACCAGAAGCCAAGCGGGUGGAGUGUGUGCUUUUUCAUCCUACCGCUGACGGCGUUUUAGCAAGUGGAGCCGGAAAUGUGGCCAAAGUAUGGGACCUAACUCAGCAGAAAGCCAUGGCAGCUCUCGAAGACCAUGGGGACCAAAUCCAGAGCCUGACCUGGAAGGGAGAUGGCUGCCUCCUGGGCACGUCCUGCAAGGAUAAGAUGCUGCGUAUUUUCGACCCCAGGACCAAGACUUCAGCUGUGCAGUCUGUUAAAGGGCACGACACCAUCAAGGAUUCCCGCCUGCUGUGGCUGAGUGCAUUGGAUACUGUCUUGUCGACUGGGUUUAGCCAGGUACGCGAGCGGCAAGCGAGACUGUGGGAUGUGCGGCAGUUCACCACGCCUCUCAGCACUCUGACGAUUGACACGGACCAGGGCUCACUCAUCCCGUUGUACGAUGCUGACUCCGGGCUGCUGAUCCUGGCUGGAAAGGGUGAUAAUAUUCUGCGAUGUUUCGAAGUGUCUCCUGCCAACAGCACAUUGACACAGGUGAGCCAGUGCCUGACUGAGGUGAAGUCAAAAGGCGCUGCGACGGUGCCAAAACUAGCGCUGGACGUGAUGUCAUGUGAAGUGGUUCGCCUGCUGCAGCUGACGGAGAAUUCCAUUGUGCCAAUCAGUUACAAGGUGCCGCGCAAGUCUCUCCAGGAAUUCCAUGCCGAUUUAUUCCCGGAUACUCCUGGUAAAGUGCCGUCUGUGUCCGCGCUGGGUUGGUUCAAAGGAUCUGAUGACCAGGUGCCGAGGGUUAGCUUGGAGCCACGCAGACGGAGCAAGGAACGUUUCGUCUCUAGUGCUGUGCCUUCUCCACAGCCGGACACAUCAGCCGGGGAACACACUCCCAAGGGAAAGAAGGAAGCGGAGGAAGGGUCCUGGGAAGCAGGAAACACUGUUCACAGUGGACAGAUGUCUUCGUCAAGUUCCAGUGGCUCGUUGACCUCGCCGUCAGUCACCUCCCUGAGCAGCAGCAGCAGCACCAAGUCCAGUGACCUGGUCGUGACCCCCCUGAGCCAGAAAUCUCUGCAAGGCUUACUGGGUUCCAGCUCGAAAUUCAGACACAUACAGGGUACAGUGUCUCAUCGGGACACUCACAUCACCAACCUGAAAGGAUUGAACCUGACUACACCGGGAGAGUCCGAUGGCUUCUGUGUGAAUCGUGAACGAGCUGCCGUUCCAUUGUUGGUCUCAGGAGGACAGAUCGCUGUGCUAGAGUUGUCCAAGCCUGGUCGGUUACCGGACUCGACUCUACCCACCAUCCAGAACGGUGCAGCUGUUGCAGACCUGUGCUGGGAUCCCUUUGAUUGUCACCGUCUCGCAGUCGCUGGUGAAGAUGCAAAGAUCCGAAUCUGGAGUGUUCCAACGGGAGGGCUGACAGAAGUCCUCUCCAACCCUGAAACAGUCCUCCAUGGUCACACUGAGAAAAUCUACUCCAUCAGAUUUCACCCACUGGCAUCCAAUAUCUUGGCUUCAUCUUCAUACGACAUGACUGUGAAAAUCUGGAACCUCAGCUCAGGGAAAGAAGAGAUUGUACUGAGGGGACACACAGACCAGAUCUUCAGCCUGGCAUGGAGCCCAGAUGGACAGCGUCUGGCAACAGUCAGUAAAGAUGGUCAAGUUCGAGUGUACCAGCCUCGGCGGUCGGCCGACCCAAUCCAGAAAGGACCAGGUCCUGCGGGCAGUCGAGGGGCACGGAUCUUGUGGGUGAGCCAUGGGCGUUACCUGCUGGUAUCUGGCUUCAACAGCCGUGGUGAACGACAGAUUUACCUCUACAACAUGGAUUCAUUGUCAUCUGGACCAAUAGAAACAGCUGACAUCAACGCAGCCCCUUCCACACUCAUUCCCUUCUACGACGAAGACACCAGUAUUCUCUAUCUCACUGGCAAGGGUGAUACCAGGGUCCACAUCUUCCACCUUCAGUCUGAAGAUCCCUACUUCCUGCAAUGCAGCAGCUUCAAUUCUGCCAACCCACACAAGGGACUCUGCUUUCUCCCGAAGACUGAAUGCAACAUGAGGGAGGUGGAGGUCGCACGAGCUUUUCGGCUGGGACACAACUCCUUAGAGAGUGUGUCUUUCAAAGUUCCCCGAGUCAAGAAAGAAUUUUUCCAGGAUGAUAUUUUCCCUGACACAACGAUAUGGUGGAGACCAGCACUCUCAGCAUCUGCGUGGCUGGCAGGUUCCAACGGGCAGCACCAGAAGAUGUGCCUGAAGCCUAACGACAUGACUCCAGUCAGUGCCGCACCUAAGGAGGUACCUGUCAAGAAGUACCAGCCCUCAUCUUUCUACCUAGAGGAGAAGACGGAUGAGGAGAAAAAAGAAGAGCUGCUGAAUGCCAUGGUAUCUAAACUUGGGAACCUGGAUGAUCCCCUGCCUCAGGAUUCCUUUGAGGGUGUGGACGAGGAGGAAUGGGAUGAUUAGAUUUCAGCCAAAGACAUCUCUCCGGUACUUCAUCUCCUGAUGGCCUCACUGAAGGAGGAGCAGCUUCCCCUCUGAUCAAGUGCCAUUAUUCACAAGAUCAUUAAUGGGCAAGAGACCAUCUCCCUCACCCCUUCCCCACUCUCACCGUCCUCUCACCUCUUCCUCACUCUUGCCUUCUCCAUUAUCUUUACCUCACUCUCGCCGUUCCCCUCACAUUUCCCUCACUCUCGCCGUCCUCCUCACCUUACUCACUUUCACUGUCCCCUCACCUCUUCUUCACUCUCACCAUCCCCCUCACCUUUUGCCUACUUUCGUCAUGCCCCUCAUCCCUCACUCACAACCCCCAUCUCCCCAACGCUUCACUUUUCACAGCAACGCAUGGAUCGCUAGCUGACGCUGUCCAUCUCCCUUAUCCCCCAUCACACUCAGUGUAUCCUGCCACCCUUGCUCACACUCCUUCAUGGAAAUUUUUAACAGGAUCAUUAUUUCACAUUGUUGCUGGUUAUUUUAUUACCAAUGAGGAACGCAUGUUUAUUAAAAAAUAUUUCCAACAAAGAAAUGAAAGUUGUUCUGAU